GAUAGGCCAGGAAGGCUCUGCCAAAGGUGGGUGGGAGCCUCAGGGCUAAGGUUUGGAGGACCGGAGGCAGCUGGACUGAAAAUUCAGGUGAGAGCAGGUGGGGGAGCUGUGACCUGGGAGUUGUAACCUCAGCACUGGCCGGAGAUCUUGGAUUCCUCACCCCUGGGCUGGGGGCCGAACCUGCUGAGCCAGGCCGCCCCCUCUCCCACACCCACUCUCAGCACCUGGAGCGGGACCUAUCCUAUCCGCUUGUGUCUCCGCCUCCUUGGAUUCAGUCUCACAGCUUGUCCCAGCCUUCCCAGCCCAGUACUCGGCCGCCCGCGGGAUCGCUCUAUCCUCCCUGCCCGGCUCUGGAGGGCGUCGCGGAAGCGAUGGAGGUGCUGGUCCUGGCCGGAUACCGUGCGCAGAAGGAGGGUGAGCUGAGUCUGGCGCCCGGGGACGUGGUCCGACAGGUGUGCAAGGGACCCCAACGGGGCUGGCUGCGCGGAGAGCUGGGGGGCCACUGUGGCUGCUUCCCGGAGCGCCUGGUGCAGGAAAUCCCGGAGACUCUGCGCGGCGCGGGAGAGGCGCCGAGACCACGCUGUGCGCGCAGCCGAGGUCGCCCUGCCAACUCGCGGAGCUCCCCAAAAUGGUGCAAAGUGAACUUCAGCUACAGCCCGGAGCAGGCAGACGAGUUGAAGUUGCAAGCUGGGGAGGUUGUGGAAGUGAUAAAGGAGAUUGAGGACGGCUGGUGGCUGGGAAAGAAGAAUGGGCAGCUGGGAGCCUUUCCAUCCAACUUUGUGGAGUUGCUGGACAGUGGGCCCCCAGGCCUUGAUAACCCAGGCAUGCCUUCACUCAGCCUUGAUCCCCAGCAACCUCCCAAGAUGAGCAGCCUGACCUGUGACAACCCUCCAGACUACCUGCGGACAGUCUUCUACCCUGAGACCUACAGGGUCCUGUUUGACUACCAGCCGGAGGCCCCAGAUGAGUUGGCACUGCGGAAGGGGGACGAGGUGAAGGUACUGAGGAAGACCACAGAGGAUGAGGGCUGGUGGGAAGGAGAGUCUCAAGGCAGAAGAGGAGUUUUCCCAGACAACUUUGUGAUCCCACCCCCCCCAAUGAAGAAGCUGCUCCCACGAAAAGUGGUAUUGCAAGAUUCAGAACAUGAGCUCACUCACACUGCUGGGGGAAGAACAUACCAGAGGCAGGCUCCUGUUAAGGAAUCAAAAAAGAUGAUGCCCAAAACAACCCUCCCUACAGUCAAGAAGCUGAUGACAGCCCACACUGGGCCCAGCAAAGCCAAGCCACCUGGUGGAGACGGUCAGAAGCGCCCCUCCAGAGACUCGGGCUCCAGUGGCAGCCUCUUGGCUGGGGGUCCGGGCCACACUGGCAGAAAGCGAUCCAGAACCCAGGCUACCCGGCAGCGACCUGCAAACACUCAGGAGGAAGAGCGGAAAAGCCGAGCAAAGGCCCCUCCUGCGAAUAAAACCGCUACUCCGGGCAAGACACUCACCCCAAAGAAGACCCUGCCUCCGCGCAAGGCCCGCAUUCCAGAAGGGGUCCUUUCUGCGGACGAGGCCCCUCUAGGUGUCGAACUUGCAGAUGAAGCCCUUUACUCAAAGAUGGGCUCUUCUGGGGACGAGGCCUCCACCCUAGAAAAGGCCUUGACCUUCGAUCAGAUGCUCUCUGAAGAGACCUCUUCCGGGGACAACACUCAGGUGGAUCCGUCUCCGGAGGCAACCCCGUCCAAGUCCAAGAGCAUGUCUUCCUCGGUCCAUAAGCCAGAGGAACACCCCCCUGAUGAGAGGGACAGCUCUGACCUCCAGUUGGAGGCUACGUCAGGGUCCCUUGAGAAUGUGGUCCAACUCUGGGCAGAUCCCACCGCCCUCCAGGAGAAGACGCCUGCGGAGGAUGAAACGACCCCCAAAGAGGAGGCAGCCCACAAAAAGGUAGCCCCUGCUCAAAAGAAUCCACCUCUGACUCCAGGCCCUCAAGGAACUCCCACCCUUCAUUCACUGGUCCCACAAAAUCCCACCCUCAGCAAGAAUGACAAUGAGGAGGUGAGGAAGCUACAGGAGGAGGUGGAGUCUUUAAGGAAGGCCCUGGAGCUGAUGGGGGAGCAGCUGGAAAGUAAGCUAAUGGACAUCUGGGAGGAACUGAAGAGGGAGAGGGAGAGGCGCCGGCUGCUGGAGGUUCAGAUGAACCUGAGGAUCAAGGAUUCCCUGACCCCAAGCUCCAGCCCCACGCAGCAGCAGACGCAGACGCAGACGCAGUAAGGUGGAGCCUGGAGGGAAGGCUGCCUCCGCGCACCGACGUCCUUGCACACAACGUUGGGAAAGCCAAGAAAGUAAACUUUGCUGUGUACCUCACCGCGCCGGCCUGGUCCUUGCGGGGGCGGGGCCUUCGCGGCGGGCGGGGCUGGUGCUCUGCAUUCCUGGCAGUCUCUUCCUGGCACAUCUGGCCAACAUGUGGCUCUCAUUACUGUUCCCAAGGC